GUCAAACGCGCAGUGGGGAUCUGCCGCCGCGGUACGUGGUGGAAAGUCUCCUCGACUCCAGUUCUUAGCUUCAGCACAAAGACUUUAAGCCUAGGCUGUCACGUGACCCGUCCCUUCAUAACAUACUAAGGUUUUAUACCGUUAUGUCAAUGUGAAGCUCCUUAUCGUCAGUUGUAUUCCAAUGCACUGACUGAUCGGAUUUCGGAACACGCAUGUUGAGAAAUUAGUUUUCACAGAGAUGCCAGAAGAAACAGCACAAACGCUAAGCCCCCAAGGAGUUCCGUACAAAGAUCUUCCACAUAUUGUUAACGAAGAUGGACAGUACCUGUUCUGCAAGUCGUGGGAGCCUAAGGGUCAGCCACGAGCGUUGGUCUUCGUCGCACAUGGUGCAGGAGAGCACUGCGGUCGCUACAGCAACUUGGCCGAGAUGUUAACAGAACAUUCCAUGCUGGUGUUCACACAUGAUCACGUGGGCCAUGGACAGAGUGAGGGGGAAAGGAUGGUCAUCUCAGAUUUUCACAUCUUCGUCAGAGACGUCUUGCAGCAUAUUGACAUAAUGAAGAAGUCUCAUCCAGGCCUACCUGUAUACAUUCUUGGACAUUCCAUGGGAGGAGCGAUUUCCAUUCUAGCAGCCUGUGAUAAACCAAAUGACUUUGCAGGAGUGAUACUAAUAGCACCAAUGGUUAUCAUGAAUCCAGAGUCAGCGACUCCUUUCAAGGUCUUUCUGGCCAAGCUUCUUAAUCAUUUACUUCCAAGUCUAACUUUGGGGCAGAUUGAUUCAAAAUGGGUAUCACGAGAUCAAAAAGAGGUUGAGGAUUACGAAGCUGAUGAGCUCAACUACCGAGGUGGGUUGCGGAUCUCCUUUGGGAUGCAGUUAAUGAGUGCCACCACAAAGAUUGAGAAAGCCCUACCUGAUAUUUCAUGGCCGUAUUUGCUGCUCCAUGGAACAGGAGAUAAACUUUGUGAUAUCAAAGGGUCGCAGCUCUUUUUCGAAAAAUCGCAGAGUGUGGACAAAACUCUAAAGGUUUAUGAAGGAGCUUAUCACGCUCUGCACAAGGAAGUUCAAGAAGUCGCCAAUGCUGUCUUCAAGGAGAUCAGCAGCUGGAUUAUCCAACGGUUGCCACAAGGCGAGGAAGUUCAGUCUUAAAAUGAAGGAAACCACAUGCAGUCGCACUUUGUUAAAGGCUGAGGAUGCUCUUUCUAGAUGAAGGUUUACUAUUUUCUGGCAUUAAUAAUCAGGCAGCUAUUUGCAACCCUUUUGGAAAUCAAACUAACAUGAUCCUAGUCUUAAUAAGAAUGAAAUACAAUGCCUAUGUCAAGUAUUCACCAUCUUGAAUGUGUUCCAGUUGUUCAUAUUUUUAACAGUUGGGAUUGGAUUGUGGACAUUAAUUUGAAUCGCCUACUCCAUACUUUAACAACGCUGAUCUUGGUUAGGUAAGUUGGAUGCACCUUUACAGCUGGGCAUCCUUUAAGAUACAUUUGUCACAGGCCUUCCUAUCUGGAUCAAAACAUAUUCAUGCCUUCGCCUAAGCAGGCUGUUUCUUUCCUUAAAGGUCUUUAAGGAACAUUGGUGAGCAGCAGUCAUUCCGUUGAUUCUUAAUGGUCUUGUUUGUAGACGUUUCAUACACCUUCGUGUUUUGCUCCUGUACCAUUAAUGUCUUGUUUUGGCAGUAUGCAAUUUUUAAGAAUUUGCCUGCAUUCAGGUCCAGUUGGCCUUCUCCCCUGACCUGACAUGGCUCCUUGUUCCAACACAUCAAAACGUGUGUUCAGGGAGGGUGAAUACUUCCCAAUAUGCAUUGUAAAUGGGUUGUGUAGGUGGUGUUUAAGGCUGAUUGUAAGAUAAAGUGGCCUGUAGCAAUUUGGCCAAAAAAGCAUAAAUCUGUGUGUGACUUUUCAUUGUUUAGUACAUGUAGGUGGAUGAAGGAUAUUUUAUUAUUUGGGAGAGGGAUAAAAUAAAAUGUAAUAAACGUUUAGGGUUACUAAUGGUGUGUGGGUUCAGAAGACAACUUUGACUUCUGUAAAUGUUUGAAGAACCUUCACUAUAGCUGUGUUUUAAGCAACCUAUUGACCUUCUAAAACAAGAAAGUGCUUCUGUAGAAAGCAAAGAUUCACGCUUCACACAGCAAUAAUAUGUCGUAAUUCACUAAGAGCAUGACAGAUUUUUAAAAAUAUUUUAGCAAAUAGCUUAGAUAGAUAGGAUUGCUUUAAUCUAUCAUGCUUUACAGUUGUGUCAAAUGCUACCCAACAUGCCACACAUCAUUGACAUGGUCUAAAUAAAGGGCAGGAAAAGGACAAGAUCAGUUAAUAUCAGGGGAUAUACCACUGGGAGCAAUUUGAGUCCCGGCUUUUUAUUUUGCUUCACUUAGUAACAGUAGACUACAAUUAUGUUGCAUAUCUGUGAUUAAAGGAGUCUCCACUUAUCCACACAGACUAAACAUUCAUUAAACUGUUGUCAGUUUUUUGGAUGUAUUCCCAUGAUAUCCCCUAGACCUGGCUGCCCCACUCUAAAAUGAAGGGACCUGCUAAAUCGGCCUUAAUGCUGACAUCGGCCAUCUUCUCAUCUGCACGUAGAGUAUGGCGAGCACAGCACCGGCUCAUCGUGUUUGCUCCCAGUUAUUGUACUGUUUCCUGUCAUAUCAUCACAGCAAGAAACGGCCAGCGCCAGAGGAGCACACUUUCAUUUUCAGAAUUAAACAAAGAUACAUAAAUAGCAAUAGUGCUAGCAUAGCCCCUCGAGGCACGGUGGGCAAUACACUACAGGAAGACACAUAAACCUAGGCUCAGACAUUGUACUGUAUGUAAAAAUGGUUUUAGACAUAAUGCAUCACUUCCUGUUUUUAUCUUGGUGAACAUUUCAAAUAUAAUGUAACUUGCUAGUAUGUGUAUUUUAUUCAUUUUUGUGUAAUCAGAAUAUUUAUUGAUACACUUUUCAAAAUGUGCAUCAUGAGCUCUUGUUUUGGAAGUCACAGAGGAAGCUACACCCAGAAAUAUUUGAACUGAAUUGCUCUCCUUUCAGUGUAUGAACUGUCCUUGUGAUACAACUCCAUACUUCCAACCGUCACCACUUUUGAUAUUACUUAUCUGAAGUUUGCCGCUCAAUACAUCAGUUAUCAUGUACUGUAUGACAUCCUCAUUGUCCGUUCUCUUUUCAGGCUAGCGCUGACUGAUAUUGUUUUGGGUAAGAAAAAACACCCCUACAGCUUUUGUUUUAGUAAUGCCUUACUAUCAGAUUACAGAGUUUUAAAUAAUCAAUCAAAAGCAAUAAUAAUUUGAACUCUGUAUUUAAUAUUCUGUUAACGUAUAGGUAAUUCCCUAAUGGAUCCAAACACUUUGUGCAAAGCCAAUCCAUAUGAGACUGUUUGAAAAGAAGAAGUCAGGCUCCUUCUUUUCUUCUCUGGUGAUCAUUUAUCGGUGUAGAAAUUUAAAGGAAGAAUUAGUGAAAUCUUAAACAGGAAAGUAUAACUUAACCAGUCUGAUAAAAUAUUUGUCUCAGCGUAGAGGUGGGACAGCUUUCCUCCAACCCAUUCAGCGGCCUUCCUCCUUGAACGUUAGCUUGUGCCUGGACCCUUUCCUCGCUCAUCAGCCACAGGUCAAGUGCAUUCGCAGGCUGAAGCCUUUAGAUGGUUGGGGUACGCAUUUAGGGAAGUGUAAUUGUUAAAAUAUGUCAUAAAACCUUUUGGUGAAGUAUGUGAUUCUUCAGUUAAAAGCCAACUUACUAUAAUUGUGAAGUGCUUUUUUUUUAUUGCUCGCGUUAACCACCAUCAACCAAUGAGAAUGUCCAGGUUUUACAUUGACUAAUUACAAAUAGGAAGGAUGCUUUAUGUGUGCUUAUUGUUAAGCACGUUUGCUUUUUGUUUUAAAAAAGUAAUUUGUCGUAACCUUUAUGUAGGGGUGUUUGUCAAAAAGGCAGUCUCUAAACAUUGUUCACGUUUUUCCAGUUUUAUAGUAGAACAGUUUUUGCCGGCCACAUGCAACCCAGUUUAAUAAGAUUUCUACACGUUGCUAAAGAGUUGCCAUUUCUAUCGUGAGACAUACAACACAACACGCAGGCUUGUCUCAUUCAACUGUUUGUUGCCAAGUGUGUAGAAGUCAAACGUGUUAGCUGUGAGGACUUCAGCAUGUGAUUGUGAAUUAAUAAUGUCAAACAUUUAGCUCCACUGUAUGUCUGACCAGGACAAAGCCUGCACCUCUCAUUCAUCGUCGAGUUUUACAUGAAGUGGAAAUUGUUAGUUGAGGGAAACACAAAACGCUUGGAUAGAUGGCUAAGCUAAAGAUUCUGAGAGAAACUGCAGAGGUUUGUGGAUAGGUGGCACAUGUUUAUAUUCUGUAUUUCUUACUAUAUUUCUUAAAACAUGGUGAAAUGUUCAUAUUUAUAAUGCAAAGUAUAAAUAUAUGUACUUUAUUUAACAUGUUAGUAUAAAGAUUAUAACAUAUUUUAAAGGUCAUUUAUAAGAAUGUGAAAUUGUUUAAUUUUGGAAGGACACAUUGCUAAUAAAUCAAUUCACUGA